AUGAAGCUCGGCAAAAAGCUUGCAGGCUACCCCAGCCUACUGCUGGCCGGUAAUCCUUCGAAAGUCGACAUAGGGAGGCUUUUGUUGGGUAUGGUAGCUUCAGCAGCGUCCGGUGUCCCCUUCCCAUUAAUCGCUAUUCUUUUCGGUCAACUGUUAGACGACUUCAACGCCGUAACGUGUGAUGAAACCGAAUCGACGGGUUCCGAUGCCGAUUAUCAACAUGACAUUAACGGCAAAAUCCUGAUCAUUGUGUAUCUGGCCAUUGCUCAAUUCGUUGCGAUUUAUAUUCAUCUUUCCUGCUGGAGCUUGAACGGCGCUCGGCUAGCGCAGAGACUGCGGGAAACGUAUCUUCAAAACUUGCUUCGACAAGAACCUUCAUUCUUCGAUGAUCUACCUCCGGGAGAACUUGCAUCUCGGCUUAAUGGCGAUAUCCAGGCGAUUCGAUCUGGCACGUCGGAGAAAGUGGGGAUAUGCUUAUCGACCUUAUCGUUUUUCAUCACGGCAUAUGUCGUUGCUUUCAUCAAAGACUACCGGCUGGCAGCAAUGUUGAUUUCAUUAGUUCCCGCCUACUUCCUGAUGUCAUUUGUUGGAAGCCAUUAUAUUGAAAAAUACUCUGGACGUAUGUCGGAUUAUUCCGCGACUGCCGCAUCAAUCGCUUCCGAGGCGCUCUCCAACACCGUCGUGGUGCAGGCCUUUGGCGCGAGCUACCGACUGGAAGAUAAGUUUUCCAAGGCGCUCAAGGCUUCAGAGCAGGAAGGCUUGAAGAAGGCCGCCGCCGUGGGUAUACAAUCUGGAUUCCUGUAUUUUAUCGCCUAUUCUGCGAAUGGUCUGGCAUUCUGGCAAGGUAGUAGACGUGUUGCGGAUGCAGUAGGCUCGGACACUGCUGGUGCCACCGUUGGCGCUACAUUUACAGUGAUUUUCGUCCUCGUUGAAGCUACCUUGCUUCUGAGUCAGGUUGCUCCAUUCCUCCACCUAUUCACGGCAGCCGUUGCCUCAUACCAAAAGCUGCGUGCAGACAUCGACCGUCAGCCGCAAAUUGAUGCUACUACAGAGUCCGGCAUUCGCCUCUCACAGGCAGAAGGUGGAUUCGAAUUCAAAAAUGUCUCUUUCACUUAUCCCUCACGUCCCGAGAUCACAGUGCUUGACCAGAUCAGCCUUUCCAUCCCGGCCAACAAGCAUACUGCCCUUGUUGGUCUGUCUGGAAGUGGGAAGUCAACCAUCGCCGGUUUGGUUACAAGGCUGUACGAUCCCACGGAGGGGCAGGUCCUCUUCGACGGCCAUGACCUUCGUGAGGUCAACACCCGUGAUUUGAGAAGCUUCCUUAGUCUGGUGCAGCAGGAGCCGUCGCUGCUCGAUCGGUCGCUUUUGGAAAACAUCGCACAUGGCUUGAUCAAUUCGAGCAAUCCCAGUCAUGCUCAUCUGAGGACGACACUUCUUAGCACCGGCCUCACAGAUCUGGCAGCAGAAGUCAGGGAAGGUGUGGAUCUCAUGGCUGCGGCAGAGAAACGAGGCUCGGAAGUUGUUGAAAUUGUCAACCUGGUGCGAAAGGCUGCGACGCUUGCUGAUGCAGAUGGCUUCAUCAGUGCACUGCAGUAUGGGUACGGUACACUUGUCGGUUCAAGUGGGCGACUGAUCAGUGGUGGCCAGAAGCAACGCGUUUCCCUUGCUAGGGCCCUCAUCAAGGAUCCUGCGGUACUUAUAUUGGAUGAGGCCACAGCCUCUCUCGAUUCAAGGAGUGAGCAGCGUAUUCAGCGGGCCAUCUCAAAUAUUGCCACUGGUAGAACUAUGAUCACAAUUGCCCAUCGUCUGUCCACAAUUACCAACGCCGACAAUAUUAUUGUUAUGCACAAGGGACAUAUCGUUGAACAGGGUGAUCAUGCGACAUUAAUGGCUAAGAACGGAGCGUACGCUGACCUAGUCAAUCUGCAAACUUUGGGUUCCGCCCCCGGCAAGAAAGAAAAGACAGCUAGCGCAGACAACGUCAGCAAGUCUGACCAAGCCUCUUUAUCUGACGCUGGUGUUGAGGAAAGUAGUGUCUCGAAAGAUGGUCUGGAAACUGCCGAGAAAAAAGAAGUCUUAGCAAGUGCAGCUCCAGUCACCGAGCCUGCUGAACCCGCUGAAGAGGAAGAAGAGCCUGAAACCCCUAAGAAAUCUAUGUGGGCUUUGUUGCGCGGGUAUGCGCCCACAUUGAGACCCCAUCUGCUUUUCAUUUUCCUCGCACUUCUAGGUUCUAGCAUUGUCGGCGGUGCCUUCUCUGGCGAAGCCGUGAUUUUCGGAAACACUGUCGGAAGUUUGAAUCCCUGUCACAGUGAAAGCUAUAUUCGGAGCGCAGGAAACUUCUUCGGGCUUAUGUUCUUCGUACUUGCCAUUAUCGAAUUUUUCGCGAACCUGGUUAGCUGGACCGGGUUUGGCUGGGUAUCAGAGAAAAUCGUCUUUACAGUCAGAGUCUUGUCAUUCCGCUCACUGUUUGAGCAAGAUCUCCAGUGGCAUCAAUCUAAUGGUCGGUCACCUGCCUUGCUCCUCUCCUACAUUACUCGAGACGGCAAUGCCUUGGCGGGACUGAGCGGCUCCGUCAUUGGAACGUUGUUCUCUAUCACCGUCAACCUUAUUGCAGCAAUCAUUUUAACUCAUAUUAUUGCCUGGAGAAUCGCAUUGGUUUGCCUGGCUUUAGUACCACUCCUGCUUGGAGCCGGUCUUAUGGAGCUUCACGUCCUUGGCAAAUUCGAGGAACGCCAUGAGAACGCAUACACCAAGUCAGUUGACAUUGGUGUAGAGGCAGUCACGUCGAUCAAGACAAUUGCAUCCCUUUCUCUUGAAGAGGACACUUUGAGAACUUACCGACGAUCCCUAAAAGGACCCCGCAAGGAGACAUUUCAAGUCACUCUUCAUGCAAGUCUCUGGCAGGCAAUGACUUACUUCCUUGGCAACUGCGUCAAUGCGUUGGCCUAUUGGUGGGGUUCAAAGCAGAUCAUCAAUGGCAACUACACGCAAACACAGUUCCUGAUUGUAGUAUUCUCGCUCCUGGUCAGCGCACUGCUCUGGAGUCAGAUGUUUGCCCUUGCACCGGAGCUUUCCGCCGCCCGAGCGGCGAUGGCAAGGAUCUUGGGUCUGAUUGAGAUUGGGUCGGACAAGAUGCAAGGACGCGUACCAUCUCGUUCACCCACUAUCUCUUCUUCUGAGGAGAAAGACGUUGAGACAGCUGAAACAAAAUCGGUGUACGUGUCUGGUAACAACCGGGCCUCGAGCGUACAGCUUCGCAAUAUCCAUUUCGCAUACCCGGCUCGGCCGGACAUAAAGGUACUAAAGGGCUUAGACGUCGAUAUUCAUCCUGGGCAAUUCUGCGCCCUUGUCGGACCAAGCGGUGCUGGUAAAUCAACCAUCAUUUCGCUGGUUGAACGGUUGUACACGCCCGAAACCGGAUCCAUCGUGAUCGAUGGCGUCGACGUUACCAGGCACCGAGGCGUUGACUUCCGCGACUCUAUCGCUCUUGUGCCACAAGAAAGCGUGCUUUUUGAGGGCAGUAUUGAGUUCAACAUUGGCCUUGGUGCUAGACCAGGACAUGAAGCGACUAUCGAGGAAAUCAAAGAGGCAUGCAAGCUUGCCAACAUCCACGACGUUAUAGAGGCGCUGCCAGAGGGCUACAAGACUCUUUGCGGACCUAAUGGUAGCCAGUUCUCGGGAGGUCAGAAGCAGAGGUUGUCUAUUGCUCGGGCCCUUGUUCGGAAGCCUAAGCUUCUGAUUCUCGAUGAAUCGACCAGCGCUUUGGACGCUGAAUCGGAGAAGCUACUGCAAGACGGACUCGAAAAGGCCGCAAAGGGCAUUACUGUCAUUGCUAUCGCCCAUCGUCUUCACACAAUUAGAGCAGCAGAUGUCAUCUUCUUGAUUGAAGGGGGUAAAUGCAUUGAUCGCGGAUCGCACGAGGAGUUGCUCGAAAGAUCGGACAGCUACAGAGCAAACGUCAUGCAUCAAACAGUGGCCACGUGA